AUGGAUUCUCUCCUGAAGAGAAUUCAAUCCCACAGGACUUCGAAGAAGCCAACAACAACCGCUGGGAGCGCGAAGACAGAGCCCGUCGCUCCAUCGCCAAAGAUUAAUGGAGCAGCCAUCGAACCGACACCUGAGGCGGAUGUCAUCAACAACGGGAAUGCAAAGCAGAAGUCUCCCCCUGAGCCAGAGCAGCUGUCGAUGCUUGAUCAAACUACACGCAGGGUAUAMGAAUCUUUAGGCCAGCUCAGGACUCUCCUCAAAGCUUCUGAUGCUCCUCUGCCCACACAAACUGGAGAUGGCAGCGAGCUACCCCAGGAAAAAGACGACUUCUGGAAGGAUGUCAACGAGAUCAUUCGUGACAUCCCACGCCAAGACAUCAACAACGUCGCGGGUCUGAUCGAGACUGUGAAGUUGACAGCGUUUGGACAGCCGCUGGAUGACAAAGAAUACCUUAUGGAGAGUAUGAUUGCAGUCGCUGCCAAACUCCCGGAUGGCUUCUUACGAGACAAAAUCACCAAUACGUUGGUGACCACGCUAUGGAAUGACUUGGAACAUCCUCCGCAGACCCUUCUGGCAGAGGAGUACGAAUUUCGUCAGCCAGACGGCAGUAAUAACAACUACAAAUAUCCAAAUAUCGGCAAAGCAGGCAUGCCUUACGCUCGUACUGUGGCCCCAAAAUCUAAGCAGAGUGGUGUCCUUCCUGACCCGGGCGUCUUGUUUGACUCCGUCAUGGCCCGAAAGAGUGAAAAGGGCGAGAAACACCCAAACCGGGUCUCGAGUAUGCUCUUCUAUCUGGCUUCGAUCAUCAUACAUGAUGUGUUCAAGACUGAUCACGCUGAUGCCCGGAUCUCGAACACCUCCUCGUAUCUCGAUCUUGCUCCUUUGUACGGAAGUAAUUGGGAUGAGCAGAAGCUCAUGCGAACUUUUAAAGAUGGGAAGAUCAAGCCCGACUGCUUCUCCGAGACUCGUCUUUUGAGCUUUCCUCCGGGUGUUGGUGCGCUUCUAAUCUUGUUUAACCGCUACCACAACUAUGUCGUGGAGCAGCUCGCCUUGAUCAACGAAGACGGCCGAUUCACGGAAAAUCCCCGCAAGAUCAACGUGGAUCGAUAUGGUGCGACUGGCCUCAACAAACGUGAUGAUGACUUAUUUCAGACCGCCAGGCUUAUUACUUGCGGACUGUACAUCAACAUUAUCCUGGUCGAUUAUGUACGUGUAAUCUUGAACUUGAAUCGAACAGACGACAAUUGGCAACUCAACCCACGUGUGGUAGUUCCAGACGGGCCGCCACUUGGGACAGGCAACCAGGUCUCAGCGGAGUUCAAUCUGGUAUAUCGCUGGCACGCUGCUGUAAGCGAGCGGGAUGAUCUAUGGACAAGGCAGCUAUUCUCCGAGCUUCCUUUACCAGAGAACAUGACACCCGAGGACGUAGCCAAGCCCGAGAAGAUCAGGACCUUCCUCGGAACUCUUGCACACAUCGAGGUCGAGACAAAGAAGCAAGAUCCGACAGAGCGUGCAUUUCCUGCCCUCAAGCAUGAACGUCUAACACGUCUGUCAGAAGGACCUUACAAGGGCAAAUUUAAAGACGACGACAUUGCUGCUUUACUGACAAGUGGUAUUGAAGACUGCGCCAAUGCUAUGGGACCGCAGCAAGUACCAACAGUCAUGAAGGCCAUUGAGAUCUUGGGUAUCCAACAGGCGAGAACAUGGAAGUGUGGCACACUCAACGAGUUCCGCCAGCACUUUCACCUUGUCCCACACAAGACCUUUGAGAGCAUAACCAAGAACAAGGAGGUCUCGGAAGCACUGAAGCACCUAUACAACACCCCAGAUGACGUAGAGCUGUAUCCGGGACUGGUUAUCGAGGACGACAAAGAACCCAAGUUACCAGGCUCCGGAUUAUGCCCGUCCUACACCGUCUCUCGAGGUGUGCUAUCUGAUGCCGUGGCCUUGGUCCGCGGUGACCGUUUCUACACGACGUCAUACACUCCGGCCCUGCUCACCAAUUGGGGCUUCCAGGAGGCCUCAUCGGAUCUCUCCAUCGACAAUGGCUGUGUAUUCUACAAGCUAUUCCUCCGUGCGCUACCGAACAAUUAUGAUCCGAUGUCUGUUUACGCGCAUUAUCCCAUGACCAUACCUGGAGAGAUGCGAAUUAUUUUAGAGGGACUCGAAAAGGACCACUUGUACAACUUUGACAAGCCCAAAGAGUCUCACCACCCAGUCGUGCUGUUCAGCCACGAUGCUGCGAUCCAGGUGACCGAAGACCAGGAAACAUUCCACGUGACCUGGGGCAAGGCAAUGGAGUUCCUGAUGGGUCCAAAAGCCAGAAACUUCAUGCUCGCUGGGGACGGCCCUGAGAAUGCCAAGUCAAGAGACUUGAUGGAGAAGCAGAUGUACCAGAGCGCUUCUGGUACUCCAUCUCGCGGCAUUCCGUCGGGCAACGAAAAGUGGCUCAAAGCCGUGCGUGAAUUUUACGAGCAAAAGACCACUGAGCUGCUCAAGAGCAAAUCCUACAAGCUUGCUGGUAUCAACAAUGUAGACAUCAUCCGAGAUGUCGGAAACCUUGCUCACGUGCACUUCUGCUCCGAGCUUUUCAGCCUUCCUCUCAAGACGGAGAAGUUUCCAAAAGGAAUCUUCACUGAACAGCAGCUUUACCUGAUCAUGGCGGCCGUCUUCACCUGUGUCUUCUUUGACCUGGACCCUCCAAAGUCAUUUCCACUCCGCCAAAAAGCUCGAGCCGCAACGCAGUCGCUCGGCAAAAUCGUCAAAUUGAACGUGGUCUCAAUCAAGACAUUUGGGAAGGUGGCAGAAAUGCUUUCCGAUGCGAUCAGGCCAAACGAUGGACCCCUCAAAGACUACGGCGUGCACAUGAUCGCCCAGCUGUGCAAGGCCGAUACUGAUGUUGAUGAUCUUGUCUGGGGCAAUAUCAUGGGUACUGCGGGCGGAAUGGUCGCGAACCAAGGACAGCUUUUUGGCCAAGCAUUGGACUACUUCUUCACCGAGGGCAAGGAUUAUCUCCCGGACAUCAACAGGUUGGCGAAACUCGAUACGCCUGAAGCUGACGACACACUUAUGCACUACUUGAUGGAGGGCGCCCGCCUUAAAGGAGAGACUGGUAUCUUCCGUGUUGUAACAAAAGAUGUCACCAUCACCGACACCACCGCGCCUCUUGGUACUCGGACUUAUAACCUCAAGAAGGGAGACACCGUGAUGGUGAAUCUCAAAGCAGUCGGAAGGGAUCCGAAGCACUUUCCUAACCCGGAUACUCUUGACCUGAGCCGUCCAAUCGACAGCUACAUGAUGCUAGGACAUGGAGCUCAUCAAUGUUUGGGCCUGCCCAUGACCCGCGUGGCUCUGACGACUAUGCUCAAGGUCAUUGGCCGUCUGGACAAUCUUCGACCGGCGGCCGUGGCAAUUGGCAACCUCAGCGUAAAGCAUGAGGUCAAGAAGGUCAUGAAGGAGUUCGUCCCGGGAGACAAGCACGUGUUGCCUGAGGAAUGGCACUACCACCUCUACCUGACUGAGGACUGGGACCAGUACUUUCCUUUCCCUACUAGUCUCAGGAUCAACUUUGAUGGCGUGAUUCCCGAUGCCAAAACAAGUUCUUGA